ACUCCAAAAUGUGGUGGCUUUUAGCAGCAGCAUGCUGUGUGCUUCUUCCUGGACCCAUGUGUGGCUAUAAGCAAGAGAGCAUCACAAAUCCUGAAGCCAAUAUGAACAUUAGUCAACUAAUUUCUUACUGGGGCUAUCCUUAUGAAGAAUACGAUGUUGUAACAGAGGAUGGUUAUGUCCUUGGGAUUUACCGGAUUCCCCAUGGCAAAGGAUGUUCAAGGAAAACAGUUCCAAAAGCAGUUGUGUAUCUGCAGCAUGGCUUAGCUGCAUCUGCCACCAACUGGAUUUGCAACUUGCCCAACAACAGCUUGGCUUUUCUUCUGGCUGAUAGUGGUUAUGAUGUGUGGUUGGGGAACAGCCGAGGAAACACCUGGUCCAGAAAACACCUGAGGUUGUCCCCCAAGUCACCUCAAUAUUGGGCCUUCAGUUUGGAUGAGAUGGCUAAAUAUGAUCUUCCAGCCACAAUUAAUCUAAUCUUGGAGAAAAGUGGACAGAAGCAACUCUUCUAUGUGGGCCACUCACAGGGUACCACUAUAGCAUUCAUAGCAUUCUCAACAAAUCCAGAACUGGCUAAAAAGAUUAAGAUAUUUUUUGCACUUGCUCCAGUGGUCACCGUAAAGUACACUAGAAGUCCCAUGAAAAAAUUAACCACUCUUUCCAGGCAAGCUGUCAAGGUAUUGUUUGGUGACAAAAUGUUCUCUUCUCACACAUUGCUUGAACACUUCAUUGCCACCAAAAUGUGCAGCCGGAAGGUAUUUCAUCCUAUAUGCAGCAACUUCAUGUUUUCUCUAAGUGGAUUUGACCGCCCAAACUUAAACAUGAGUCGCUUGGAUGUUUAUAUGGCACACAGUCAAGCAGGAACAUCUGUUCAGAACAUGCUGCACUGGGCCCAGGCUGUCAAUUCUGGUCAAUUCCAAGCUUUUGACUGGGGCAAUCCUGACCAGAACAUGAUGCAUUUCAAUCAGCUUACGCCGCCUGUGUACAACAUCACUAAGAUGCAGGUCCCAACAGCAAUGUGGAGUGGAGGACAGGAUUUUGUGGCAGAUGCCAAGGACACUGAAAAUCUGCUCCCUAAGGUCACCAAUCUUAUCUACUACAAGAAGAUCCCACACUACAAUCACUUGGAUUUUUACCUUGGACAGGAUGCUCCCUUGGAAGUCUACCAAGACCUCAUUAGAAUGAUGGAAGAAUAUUUGCAAAAUUAAAGGCACUCUCUUUCUACAA